CUCACAGCACGCCUCUGCUAGACUAUAUCUAUUUUAAUUCUCUGAUCAGAGGUUCACCUUUGCUACGAGAGCUGGUGUCCGUCGGUGGUCUUUUUGAGCUCUUUCGUUCACGCAUUCUUGGCGACUGUUAAAUAAGUAUUGCUACUCGUAGUUACUUGAAGAUCGCGCAAAGUCCGGCUAAACUGGCGCUCACUAGGACUUUGUUUUGCUACAUGUAUUCGAACAACGGCAGAACGGCACAGGCAUCCAAUAGCGACGCGUAUCCACAAGCUCUGAAGUUCAGAAAGAUCCCCGCUCACAAAUUUUGGUUUUUUGCUGAUCAUACAACCCUACCAAAGCUACCGCAAAGCAAGCAUAGCACCGAACCCGACCAUGAAUCGAAGCGAAUUUCCAUCCCCCACGAGAGACGCCAUCAACGAGUAUGGCGUCCUACGGUCAGUGAAACCCCUCAAUCAAAAGAGGAGUCAAGACAGCAUGAUGAUGCACUUGAGUGAGCCCAGUAUCAGCUUUGACGAGUUUGGUUUCUCAACGCCGAUUUGGCCAUCCAACAACGGUUCAAACUCUGCAUCCGACAGUGACAGCGGUCACGUUGUGCCUGUCGAGAGGAACAGGAGAGAACGCCGUCACCGUCGUUCUCCUGGGCUCGUCCGAAGAUCUGGACAAGGUCGCCCCCGCAACUCUUCUACGCUCAAGAGACUCUCCUCUUCUGCCGUUGCAGUUGUCGACAGUCUCCUUGACAGCAGUUCCAACAGUACAAAUAGUGCCCGCAAGGCACAGCAACGCAAGGAGAGCUUUCUGAAGAUCCAAGGCGAGCUCAAGCGUGGUCCAACGAUUCCCGAUGUGGUGGCCCGUCUCCAGACACCACCAGAAGCGGCGGUGUUUCCUGCAAACGAAAGGAGGAGGACCAGCAGUAAGAAGCGCGAAGAGGCAGCCUUGACCUUGAACGGGGCAUUGCCCGGGAGUGACCAUACUGGCACAAGCACAGAAAGUUUUGCUGUCAUGGAACUCGAAGACAAGCCAAAACCUGAGGCAGUGUCAUCAGGCUGCAUGUGGACUUGCUGCUGUGGUUCCAAGAUGAGUGAUCGAAUGAAGUUCUGCGGCAUGUGCGGAGGUAAGAAGCACUGGACCUGCAAAAGUUGCAAGUUUGAUGAGAAUUUGAGAUCCUUUGCCUACUGUGGUGGCUGUGGUACCACGAAGAACUGGUAGAUGAUUGCUGAAUGUGAAGUCGACAUGAUGCAGAAAUGCGCUUCUCAGCGGAAGAGACAAUACAUGUACAUAUGCAGUGUAAGAUUUCGUAAACCUUGACUUGUUACCACCCAUAGCCAAAGCACUU